AAGCAGGACUAUUGGGCACGACGAAGAGAUAGAAUCAUUGCCGACACUUCUUAUCACAACUGCAACAGGAGCCAAUAAGAGGUUUUCACAGAAAUGACUGAUGGGCCCCUCUGUUAACCCUAUGAAGAAUGUGGUGAACGGAUGAUCAAAACAGGACCUCAGUGGCUUCUUUUUAUUCUUCUCAAGUGUCAGGAAAGCUUUAUCAGCACUAACUAGCACCAGAGGUCACAUACAUUUUGUGCUUCACAGCAAUUGUUGGCAUUCACAGACUGGAAGAGGAACAGGGAAGCUCUCACAUUGACCAAUGUCAACCACCGCUAUGGACAACUCAACCUUACCUGGCUUAGAGGCAGCAACUGCAAGUGGGGAUGCUGUUAACCCUUUAGGGAGUUCCAAUGGCAGCUUGUCCGAAACCAGUGCCUGGGGCAUCAGUGGCAGUGGUCCGUGGCUGUUGGCGUGCAUGUUAUCCCUCAUCAUCCUGAUGACGGCUUGUGGCAACACUCUGUUGAUCGCUCUGGUGUUUGCCCAACGCUCCUUACGCAACACCUCCAACUGUUUCCUGGUGUCUCUCUUCCUGUCUGACCUGAUGGUGGCUCUGGUGGUGAUGCCGCCGGCAAUGCUCAAUGUGCUGUACGGGGCCUGGGUGUUGUGGCCGGGCUUCUGCCCCGUGUGGCUCUGCUUCGACGUCAUGUGCUGUAGUGCCUCCAUUCUCAACCUGUGUGUGAUCAGCCUGGACCGCUACCUCCUCAUCAUCUCGCCGCUGCGCUACAAGCAGAGGAUGACCCCUCCUCGGGCCCUGCUUCUGGUGGGAGGGGCCUGGGGUCUGGCCGCCCUCACCUCCUUCUUGCCCAUCAAGAUGAACUGGCACAGCUUGGGUCAUGGGAGUGGCCAUUCCCCAAUGCACGGGGCUGGCAGUGCCAACGUCAGCACAUACCCAGAGCUGAGCUUGUGGUACCACGCCUCCUACUUCCAGCUGUCGCAGUCCGGUGGCCUGUCCUUCCAGUGCUGUCUGCGGGUUACCUUUCCUUUUGCCCUGGUGGCGUCAGUCCUCACCUUCUUCCUGCCAUCCAGUGCCAUCUGCUUCACCUACUGUCAGAUUCUCCUGGCGGCGCGGAGACAGGCGAGGCGGGUGGCGGCGCUAAGUCAACCUCCGUACCCGCAUCAUUCGCCUGGGGAGCCUUCUCACCCUCCAUCACCAGGUGGGGGCGCCGCCGGACAUGCUCACCUCGAAGGAGAUGACUACAGUCAUCAGGAGAACCCUGUGUCACGCCACGUGCCGUUGUCGGUGAACAGCGAGCGGCGGCUGGCCCACCGCCAGGGACGGAGGGCAGUGAAGGCCAGUCUGACCCUGGGAGUCCUGCUGGGCCUCUUCUUCAGCGCCUGGCUGCCCUUCUUCAUCACCAACAUGGCCCAGGCGGUAUGUGAGUGUGUUCCCCCGGCGCUCUUUGACGCCAUCACCUGGCUGGGCUACUGUAACAGCACCAUGAACCCCAUCAUCUACCCGCUGUUCAUGCGUGACUUCAAACGGGCCCUGGGGAGGCUGCUGCCCUGCUGCUCCACCCACUCGCCCCACAGACCCUCACUGGCGCUCUCCCUCUCCCUCCGCAACUCCGGUGAGCCCAACCUGCCCACGGAGCCCCCCUCCCUGACCUCCGACCCCCCACAGCCCCCCGCCACCGCCACAGACUCCGUCAACCUGUUUGACAACGACCACGCAGGGAUUGAGCUGCCCCUGCUGUUGCCCAAUCAGGUGGACACGCUGGACUGAAGGGGAGGAUGGAGAGUAGAGUGUGAAGAGAUGUUACAUACUGUAACUUAUUACCACCAAGGGGAAAGGUUGGAGGAAGGUGUAAUGUUAAACUCAUCAAAGCAGCACUUGUGGGUGGUAGCAAGUUGGAAAAAUAAUCUAGACUGUGCAAUUUAGUGAGCAUACAGGGCAGGAGUGGAUGAGAGAGAGCUAGGUGCUGAGAAUCACUGGGUGACUGCAUUAGAUGACAUCACUGUGAUAACAAUUAUAAAAAAUGCCAGGGACUCAUUCA